AUGGACAUAAUCUAUUAUAUAUUUUUCUUGGCUCGCGGUGAUCUAUCUGCAUUCUUAAAUCCAGCGGAAAUAUCGGAAAUAUCUUUAACCGGCCGGAAUGCCUUAGAUUGUAUGAAAUAUAUAAACAGUACAAAAUUAGAUGAACGAAUCAUCAGGACAGAUUUAGAUCCUGGUUAUAGAGAUGGAAGACAAUAUGGAAGAGGAAGGUCUGGCGGUCAGGUUCGUGAUGAAUACCGUCAAGACUAUGAUGUUGGACGAGGUGGUUGGGGUCACGCUAUUACUACAAUUCCUACUGGUGCCGCAGAAUACAAAGGCAAAACAUUAACAUCCAAGAAACGUGGUAGACAGGAAGAAGAACAAGAAGAAAAUUAUGGUCAUGAAAAAGCUAAGAACCCGCGUUUUAGGGAAGAUAGAUCCGAUGAUGAUGAAAUGCAGACCGAUCUUUGA